ACAAAUGUGUGAUUUUUGUGUUUUUAUUUGCUUUGGCUUAGGAUAGAAACUGAUUGAACAAUUUUCAUGUUUUGCUAGCAUGUUACACUCGCUUUUGUACCUUCUAUGUUUUUUUUAGCAUUUGAUCCGAAUAAUGAAGAGAUAGGUUAGUUUUUUUAGGCUUGGUAGGUAGGUACCUAAUUGACAUGGAUGGUGAAUUUUGCAGCUUGAGGUAUAUGGCAUAUUUCUGAUCUGAUGAUGUUACCUGCAGUCAGCUAUCCAGCACACUGAAGUAAUAAAGCAUGGAGCUACUGCCACCACCAAAAAGGCAGAGAACUGAUGCUGUGAUGCCUGCUGAAUCUAAGUCAGCACCUGAGGUGCAUUCUGUCACUGUGGCUGAUGACAUGCCAUUUCAUCUGACGCCAGUGCUGUCAGACAGUGUGGUGCGUGCCUUACCCGUGCAGACGGCCCUGGUCGCACACGUCUGUGACCGCCGGCAGACGGCCGCGCUGGUGGCUCGGCUGGCCGCCGAGCUGCCGGUGCCGGCGCUGGCGCACCUCAAACGAGUCCGCACGGCCCGGCUGGACGGCGCGCCGGCGCUGCUUCUCCUCAUCGACCUGCUGGAGAACGUGUUUCCGACGGUGGGGGCCGCGCCGCCGGCGUGUGACGGCGCGCCGCGGCCGCUGGGCCGGCCCCUGUCCGACCUGCAGGCGGCGCUGGCCGAGCGCGGCGUCACGGCGCCGCUGACCGGCCUGGGCCCGCAGCUGUACUGCGCCGCGGUGGCCGCCGGCCGGCCCAUCACGCGGCGCCAGUACGACCAGGCGGCCGCCCUGUGGCCCACAGUGUUCCACCGCGACCUGCGCGUCGAGGCGUCUCUGGCGCCGCCGGCGGCCGGUCCCGGCGAGCGGCGCCGCCUCCUCCGCUGGAUGGCCACCGCGGCGGCGGCGGCGGCGGGCAGCGCCGGGCCGCGGGUGGGCUGCGCCGUGGUCGACCCGGCCACAGACCGGCUGGUGGCGGUGGCCGGUGACGCGCGCGCCUCCCACCGGCUGCAGCACGCCGUGAUGCGCGCCGUGGACGCGGUGGCGGCGGCGCAGGGCGGGGGCGUGUGGACCCGCGCAGCGGCGGCGCAGGAACGACCGGAGACAGGCUCAGCUCCAACCGAGUCCGCGUCCCCGACACCAGCUGCACCCUCCAGCGGAGCUCAGAGCCAGCCUCCAGACCCAGAGGCACCACCUCCAGAACGCCGGGAGGGAGGCUCGGACGGUCCGAGCGUGCAGAGGCCGCCGGCGGGCGCGCUGCCCUACCUCUGCACCGGGUACGACGCAUUCGUGACGCGCGAGCCGUGCAUCAUGUGCGCCAUGGCGCUGCUCCACUCGCGCAUCGGCCGGGUGUUCUACGCGGUGCCGCGGGCCGGCGGCGCGCUCGGCUCCGCCUGCAAACUGCACGUGGCCGACGGGCUCAACCACCGGUUCCAGGUGUUCUCGGGCCUGGGGGCGGAACUGUGCGCCGGACACGCUGACGGGGAGGCGACAAACGGCUGCGCUACCGAUGAUACGGCUUCGUGACAUACAGUGCGGGUUACGUCUGGUUUGCGGUGUGAUGAGAGGGAACCGAAGGCGUCUGGUAUCAUAUUCGUUUUGAUAUGAUUCUAAGCAAUCUAACUAUUCCAAUUUUUACUUGAGGUGUACAAACGUCAUCCUCACUUUCGGGCGUCCUUCCAUCUGGUCAUCUGUUCGAUCUCGGUCGUUAUUGCACUGUACAAUGUACAUGUCCUGCCAGCCGGAGGGCAUUACCCAGCAAACUUAGUUCCCGAGGGGAUUUAAUUCCAGCGCCGUCUGCCAUGCACGUGCGCAGAGCGGUACUCUGUCCGCCACGGUACCUGUCUAAUCGGCUUUUGACCGUUGGGUUAUGAAUGCUCAUCCUUGGGCAGAUGGUCGGGGGUGUGCCUUAUUGGUCAGUUUUGCAAUAUACCUAUGUAAACGCGA